UUAUAUUAUGCGGCUAGUAUACACGGUGGUACACACAUAUAUACACAAGAUAUCUUUUGACAUUAGUCAUAUUCCAUUGCUUUUCCAAUUGUUUUCUUCAAAUUUUCGUGUUUUUCGCAUGGAAUAUUUUCUUUAAAAUGGACAACAAGGGUCGAAAUGUAAUCGUUUGUGAUAAUGGAACCGGGUUUGUGAAAUGCGGAUAUGCCGGCAGUAAUUUUCCAGCUCACAUUUUUCCAUCCAUGGUUGGACGACCGAUAAUCAGAGCUGUAAAUAAAAUUGGAGACAUCGAAGUUAAGGAUUUACAUGUUGAUGAUUUAAUGGUUGGCGAUGAAGCGUCACAAUUGCGUGCUUUGCUUGAAGUCAAUUAUCCGAUGGAAAAUGGAAUUGUACGGAGUUGGGAGGACAUGUGUCAUGUGUGGGAUUAUACAUUUGGACCAAAGAAAAUGAACAUUGAUCCACACAAUACAAAAAUAUUAUUAACAGAGCCGCCAAUGAAUCCUCUGAAAAAUCGAGAGAAAAUGAUUGAGGUUAUGUUUGAAAAAUACGGGUUCGACUCAACAUACAUCGCUAUCCAAGCUGUGCUAACAUUAUACGCCCAAGGACUGAUUUCCGGUGUUGUUAUCGACUCCGGUGAUGGUGUCACACACAUCUGUCCAGUGUACGAAGGCUUUACUUUGCCGCAUUUGACACGACGAUUAGAUAUCGCAGGAAAAGACAUUACACGAUAUCUCAUUAAGCUUUUGCUGUUACGUGGAUAUGCAUUCAAUCAUACUGCUGACUUUGAAACAGUUCGGAUGAUGAAAGAGAAUUUAUGUUAUAUUGGAUAUGACAUUGAAAUGGAACAGAGACUGGCACUAGAAACAACCGUCUUGGUAGAGACGUACACGCUGCCCGAUGGACGUGUCAUUAAAGUAGGUGGAGAACGAUUCGAAGCUCCCGAGGCCUUGUUCCAACCUCAUUUAAUUAACGUGGAAGGACAAGGUAUUGCCGAACUAGUAUUUAGCACAAUUCAAGCUGCUACGAUCGAUAUGCGUUCCGUUCUGUAUAAGCAUAUCGUACUGUCUGGUGGAUCGACAAUGUAUCCUGGUCUUCCCAGUAGGUUGGAACGGGAAAUUAAGCAAUUAUAUUUGGAACGUGUGCUCAAAAAUGACAUUGAUAAGUUAUCGAAAUUUAAAAUUCGAAUUGAAGAUCCGCCUAGUCGAAAAGAUAUGGUUUUCGUUGGUGGAGCUGUGCUGGCUAAUGUGAGUAAAGAUCGCGACGACUUUUGGAUGUCAAAACAGGAAUAUCAAGAACAAGGACUGUUGGUAUUAAAGAAAAUGGGACCACGUUCCUAAUCGCAAUUUUUAUUCCACGAAAGCAUUUAUUACAAUUAUAUCCGUUGAACAGAAUGGCAAGACAAUGAUCAAUUUCCAAGUUCAUUUUGGUUUCCUUUACAAUUUUUUUUUUUUUUCAUAGAAAAUUUCAAUCAUUCGUUCAUCUAUGUUUGUAUACAUCGUUAAUAUAAGGCGUUCAUUGUGAUCAGAAAUAAAAACAAUUAACAGUCACCAAA